AUGGAAGAGUUGUCCCAUCAACUCCAGCUCCAGAAAGUCAAAGCCCCGGCCAUGAUUGGCAACACUUUCGUCUCGAAUUUGAUUCAGCAAUCGACUACAGUCGGGCGCAGUGCGGAGGGUGUUCUAUCUGCAGUCACUGUUGGGACCGCUAGAGUUGCUGCAAACAAGGAUGGUGUUCCAACCGGCAAACGUGACCAGGAAGGUGCCGAGGGUUGUAUUCUCAGCGGCAGCUAUGCGCCCACCAACCGCGGUAGCCCUGCUCAUGCUUACGCCCACGCUGGGCUCCCUCGUCCUGUUGGUCGUAUAGGCUCUGCUGGGCCCCAUGACUCUGCCACCCCCCUUGGGUAUCACGAGUUGUAUAGUCCAAACGGCGCGGCCAUGGCUACUAGGUCUGGCGGGUACAUGAGUCCUACUCAGGUUGAGCCCAAAGGACUCGGUACUCCCACUAGUCCAGCCGAGCGUGCAAGUCCAAGCAACUUUACUCAUUCGAAAGACGCCAAUAUUGCUGCUGGAGAUCGAUGCCUUCCUCCUGGAUCUCGCGGGCAUCCGGCUCCUUCUCGUCCUCCCACCCACUCUGUUGGUAUCCCUGGUGUCUAUCGACCUACUGAUACCAGAGGUCCGUUUGGGCGUGUCCAGAAUCCCUCUAUGUAUCCUACCCCUGACACCUUCCAGGAUGCCAAUCAUCAGGGGAAAUCCAUAGCAGUCAACACCAGAGGAACCCCGGCCAACCUGCAAUGUAACUCCCAGCCCAGCCUCGCCACAACGAAUGCUCUAGCCCCGGGCACACAAGCCACCGGCUUCGUGCCCAUGUUGGCCGUCACCCGUCCCGACAUGACCGGCCGAGACGUCACGCCCAUGCCGCUCGGGAGCCAGGCCGUCAUCGACUUGAAGUUCUCCCCGCACUACCGUGGCAUGCACACCGAGACCAACGCCAGCGCAGAUCACCUCCCGCCGGACCAGAACUGCUCCCUCUGGAUCACCCAGCUGCCCGCGGACGUCAAGGUCGCCGAGCUCCUAGGCAAGAUCCGCAACGUCGGCCGCGUCUACGCGACCGUCCUCAGCCCCCCGGACGGAAGCAAGCAUCCCAAAUCCGCCGCCAAGCUCGUCUUCUUCACGCCGGCCGGGGCGCAGAGGCUGCUCGCCCACGGGGAGGGCCACCCCGUCGUUAUUCGCGGGCACAGGGCGCAAAUCAUGCCCAAUAGGACCAAGUGCGGUUCGCAGAGCACCGAGAGGGGCGAGUCGCGCGUCUUGAUCAUCACGGGACACAGGCGAUUUGUGAACGAGGCCAGCCUGACGGCGUAUUUCGAGGGCAGGUUCACGUUUCAGAUUGACAAGGUGCAGACGCUGGUCGAGUUUCAGGACCGGGCUGUGGUCGAAUAUCAGUUUGGUAGCUACCGCUGCCAGUCGCAGAUGGGCCUCAAGGCGUUGCAGCUGGAUCGUCCGAGGGGCCUGGAGAUGGUGGAAUUCGGUGCCGACCCCUGCGAGGUCGGCAGCGACACGACCUCGUUUACGGUUGCUGGGGAGAGGAUCCAGGGGAAAGGGCUGUUUCCUGACCUGGAGUGA